CUUUCUCUAUUUAACACCUACAUUUCAUCCAGUUUCUUCUCUACAAUAUAAUUCAUCAGUUUUCGUGUGUCCACGGAAAGAGCAUGGAAGACCGACCACUCUCCUGUUGCUCUGCUUUCCUCAAGCCCUUCUUUCUCUGCAUUGGCUUCUUCAGCAAAACUCAUUUCGCAGUUCCUUAUGAUGGGCCUCUCUAUGAUUCCUCUGCUUACACAGAGUGCAAAUCGCAGCCGGAGGAACCAUUAUACAACGGAGGGAUUCUCAAAGAUUUCACCCCUAGCUCCAAAAAUAUAGAAAGUAGACUACUCGGUUCUCCCGGAACAGGAUUCUAUUCCCAGGCAUUCUUGUUGCACAAUCUCUCUAACUCUACCAAAUAUUGUUUCUCCGCAUGGAUCAAGAUCAGUGGCGCAGAUUCUAGUCUCAUAAGGGCGAGUUUAUCAACAGAGCAAAAGAGGUACAACUGUAUCGGGACUGUGGUGGCAAAGAGUGGGUGCUGGUCCUUUCUCAAAGGUGGCUUUGUUCUGGAUUCACCUUCAGAGCUAUCUACACUAUUUUUUCAGGAUACAGUUGGGAGGGAGUUGGAUAUCUCAAUUGCAAGUGCCUCCUUGCAGCCAUUCACUGAUGAGCAAUGGAGGAUGAACCAAGAUUACAAAAUAAACACUGAAAGAAAACGAGCCGUAAACAUCCAUGUAUCGGAUGUGCUUGGGAAUAGGUUGCAAGGAGCAGCAAUCAAGGUGGAGCAAACCUCUAAAGACUUCCUCUUCGGUUCUGCACUAGCCAAUACCAUUAUUGGAAACUUGCCUUACCAGAAUUGGUUUGUGAAGCGCUUCAAUGUGGCAGUAUUCGAAAAUGAGCUCAAGUGGUAUGCAACAGAACCUCAACAAGGAAAGAUCAACUACACCGUAGCAGACCAGAUGUUGGAGUUCAUAAGAGCAAACCAAAUCGUGGUUAGGGGCCACAACAUCUUCUGGGAAGACCCUCGUUACACACCUGUAUGGGUUCGUAAUCUCACAAGUGAAGAAGAGCUAAGGUCGGCCGUUGAAUCACGUAUUCAAAGCUUAAUGAACAAAUACAGGGGAGAAUUCAUACAUUGGGAUGUAAGCAAUGAAAUGCUUCACUUUGAUUUCUACCAGCAACGACUCGGUCUUAAUGCCACCUUGCACUUCUUUGAAAUAGCACACCAAUCAGAUCCAUUAGCGACGUUGUUCAUGAACGAUUUUAAUGUGGUUGAGACUUGUGCUGAUGGUAAUUCAACCGUAGAUGACUACAUUUCCAGCUUAAGAGAACUCCAAAGAGCUGGUGGUGCAUCAUCAAUGGCCGGAAUUGGCCUAGAGGGCCAUUUCACUGUACCCAACAUUCCUCUAAUGAGAGCUGUUUUGGACAAGCUGGCUACAUUGGGCCUUCCAAUCUGGCUCACAGAAAUUGACAUUAGCAACACCAUAGACAAACAAACACAGGCUAUUUAUCUUGAAGAUGUUCUGAGAGAAGGGUUUUCUCAUCCUUCUGUGACUGGAAUCAUUCUUUGGACUGCACUUGGACCGAAUGGAUGCUACCAAAUGUGCCUGACAGAUAAUGAUCUCCGCAAUCUACCCGCAGGUGAUGUGGUUGAUAAGCUCCUUCAAGAAUGGCAAACUGGGGAGCUAGAGGGUCAGACAGAUGAACAUGGUUCAUAUAGCUUCUAUGGUUUCUUAGGAGAAUACAAGGCAUACGCUAGAUAUGGUGAUAAAGCUGCAAAUACAACAUUCUCACUUAGUCGAGGAGAUGAGACUAGACACUUUAGCAUCCAACUAUGAGCUCCUACUACUCCAAGUAGAACUAGUAGUAGCUUUGGAAGAC